GUUCCCCGCCGGGCCAGACUCCUGCCACCAUGGACCCCCGCCCACUCCCUUGCGCCCUGGUGCUGCUGCUGGGCACCAGUCUGGCGCUCGCGCUGGGCUCGGCGCCUGCUUCUGGAAUCCCGGAGAAGCUGUGCGGCUACCACUUCGUGCGCGCGCUGGUGCGGGUGUGCGGGGGCCCGCGCUGGUCCUCCGAAGACGGGCGGCGAGUGGCCGGCGGCGACCGCGAGCUCCUGCAGUGGCUGGAAGGCCGACAUCUUCAGGGACUGGCGGCCGAUGGGGACCCCACGCUGGUUCUCGUCCCACAGCUCCUGCCCCAGGCCCCUCGCCAUCUCCGCCACCGCCGGGCAGCCACCGCCAACCCUGCACAUUACUGCUGCCUCAGUGGCUGCACCCGACAGCACCUGCUCACCCUGUGUCCUCACUGAGCCCGCCUGGGUGUGGAUCCAGAGAGCCAGGAGGGCUGGUCUGGCAGGCUCUGGAAGCCACCCAGGGCAUAAACCCCAUCUGGGAGGGCGGUGCCCAGCAC